GCUCCAGACAAAUGAGUAGAGAGUUUGGUACAGAAGAAGGACAGAUUCCAGUUUUCCAGUUGAUCACCUUGUACAGAGAAAGAACCCUUGAGAUCAGCACCGGGAGAAGCAAGAGGAGCGGUGAAGGAGUCGCUGUGUGAUGCACGACGGGUCGGAGCCGAGGUGUAGAAGUGCUGGCGAAAAAGAGUCUCGGCAAUAGAAACUGUCUACUCAAGACUGAACAGAUAAAGCCCAGGAGCCUCUAACAACUGCUCCCCAACAUCCUUCAUCCUUCACCAGGAGGGAGCCUGCAUGACAGAGGAAUGGCUGAGCAUCAGCCGCGCGGCAGCGAUGAGCAAGACUGACGUUCCUACAAGUCUCUUCUGGCUCCCUCUCCACGAUGCCUGGUGCCUCUGCAUAUUCAUUGGAUGGUAAUGCAGGAUGUCGAGAGCAGCGGUAGAGUUUGGCUUGAUCCCAUUGUGUUUUCCUUCUGCCGGUUGAGACUUGGAAUCACCAUGACAACGCUGUGACACUUCCAGCACCGAUUGCCCGCAGACCAAGGGUGGGCUGGGGGUGGGUGAGAAGGUCAAUGAUUGAGUCUAACGGGGUCAAAAGUUGUGCCUGCAGCAAAAUGACUGUAGAAAAGCCGUCGGUGCGACAAGAAGAUGAAAUUCCCCUUCUUUUGGCUUCUCGUUAAGCAGGCACAAUAGCAUUUUUUUUCUCGAGACUCGCUAUAAAAACUCUUUUGGUUAUGGCUACUGAUCCAACGUGAUUGGGCGCGCCGCGACUUUGGAACUCAUGACUGGAUAUACGAUGUUGCGGAAUGGGGGAGUGGGGAACGGAGGCCAGCCGUGGGUGUUGAGGUGGUCCAGUCGGAUCCGGCUCACCUGGCUUAGUUUCACCCUCUUCAUCAUCCUCGUCUUCUUUCCCCUCAUUGCCCACUACUACCUGACCACCAUCGAUGACGCCGACGAUGCCGGCAAGCGCAUCUUUGGCCCUCGGACCGGCAAUGAGCUGUGCGAGGUAAAGCACGUGCAAGACCUGUGUCGCAUCCGCGAGUCGGUCAGCGAGGAGCUGCUCCAGCUGGAGGCCAAGCGGCAGGAGCUCAACAGCGAGAUCGCCAAGCUCAACCUGAAGAUCGAGGCCUGCAAAAAGAGCAUUGAAAAUGCCAAGCAGGACCUGCUGCAGCUGAAGAACGUCAUCAGCCAGACCGAGCAUUCCUACAAAGAGCUGAUGGCUCAGAACCAGCCCAAGCUCUCCUUGCCCAUCCGGCUCCUGCCAGACAAAGACGAUGCGACCUUCCCCUUGCCAAAAUCCAACCGCAACUGCAGGCUGCACAACUGCUUUGACUACUCGCGCUGCCCGUUGACAUCUGGCUUUCCAGUCUAUGUCUACAACAGUGACGAUUACCCUUUUGGUAGUUCCUUAGACCCGUUAAUUAAACAAGCCUUUGAGGCGACCGUCAGAACUAAUGUUUAUGUUACUGAAAAUGCAAAUAUUGCUUGUGUGUAUAUAAUUUUAGUGGGGGAAAUGCAAGAGCCCGUAAUGCCAAAACCUACUGAACUAGAGCAACAGUUGCACUCUUUGCCAUAUUGGAGGACUGAUGGACAUAACCAUCUCAUCAUCAAUUUGUCAAGGAAAUCGGAAACUCAGAACUUCAUUUACAACAUCAGCACGGGGCGCGCCAUGAUUGCCCAGUCCACCUUCUACGACGUGCAGUAUCGACCGGGGUUUGAUAUUGUGGUAUCGCCUCUGGUCCACGCUAUGUCUGAACCCAACUUCCUAGAAAUCCCACCCCAGGUGCCGGUCAAGCGUAAAUACCUGUUUAGUUUCCAGGGGGAGAAGAUUGAGUCUCUCAGAUCUAGCUUGCAAGAGGUUCGCUCUUUCGAAGAGGAAAUCGAAGGCAACGCCCCAGCUGACUACGACGAUCGGAUCAUCACCACCUUGAAGGCUGUUCAGGACAGCAAGUUGGACUUUGUUUUGGUGGAGUUCACCUGUAAGAACCAGCCUAAGGCGAGUCUGCCCACUGAGUGGGCUCUGUGUGGAGAAAGGGAUGACAGACUAGAGCUACUGAAGCUAUCUACUUUUGCACUGAUAAUCACCCCAGGGGACACCCAUUUAGUGAUCUCCGCCGGGUGUGCCAUGAGACUGUUUGAGGCUCUGGAAGUCGGAGCCAUCCCGGUGGUUCUUGGCGAGCAAGUUCAGCUUCCCUAUAAUGAUGUGAUCCGGUGGAACGAGGCAGCCUUAAUCAUACCAAAGCCACGUAUCACAGAAGUGCACUUUCUUCUGAGAAGCAUUUCUGACAACGAUCUCCUUGCCAUGAGGAGGCAGGGCCGCUUCUUGUGGGAGACCUACUUCUCCACCUCUGACAACGUGUUCAGCACAGUCUUAGCUAUCAUAAGGACUCGAAUCCAAAUCCCGGCUGCUCCUAUCCGAGAAGAGACCGCCGUGGAGAUUCCCCACCGGUCUGGCAAAGCUGCUGGUACAGACCCCAAUAUGGCAGACAAUGGUGACCUGGACUUGGGGCCUGUGGAAACAGAACCACCCUAUGCAUCUCCCAAAUAUCUCCGCAAUUUCACCCUCACUGCAAUGGACAUCUACAGGAAUUGGAAUUCUGCUCCGGGGCCUUUCCACCUCUUCCCCUACACUCCCUUUGACCCUGUUUUACCGUCAGAAGCAAAAUUUUUGGGGUCUGGGACUGGAUUUCGACCUAUUGGUGGAGGAGCAGGUGGCUCUGGGAAGGAGUUCCAGGCUGCUUUGGGUGGCAACGUCCCCCGGGAGCAGUUCACAGUAGUGAUGUUGACUUACGAGCGGGAGGAAGUGUUGAUGAACUCCCUAGAAAGGCUCAAUGGUCUCCCGUACUUAAAUAAAGUUGUGGUAGUGUGGAACUCUCCCAAGCUUCCCUCGGAGGAUCUCUUGUGGCCAGACAUUGGCGUCCCAAUCAUGGUUGUCCGCACCGAGAAGAACAGCCUGAACAACAGGUUCCUGCCGUGGGAUGAGAUCGAGACGGAGGCCAUCCUCUCCAUCGACGACGAUGCCCACCUUCGCCACGACGAGAUCAUGUUUGGGUUCCGGGUCUGGAGAGAGGCGAGGGACCGCAUCGUUGGCUUCCCGGGGCGCUACCAUGCGUGGGACAUCCCCCACCAGUCCUGGCUCUACAACUCCAACUACUCCUGCGAGCUCUCGAUGGUGCUCACUGGUGCUGCCUUCUUCCAUAAGUAUUACGCCUACCUGUACUCCUACGUGAUGCCGCAAGCCAUCCGCGACAUGGUGGAUGAGUACAUCAACUGCGAGGACAUCGCCAUGAACUUCCUUGUCUCUCACCUGACGAGGAAACCUCCCAUAAAGGUGACCUCCCGCUGGACUUUCCGCUGCCCAGGGUGUCCCCAGGCCCUUUCUCACGACGACUCUCACUUCCACGAGCGACACAAGUGCAUCAACUUCUUCGUCAAGGUGUACGGGUACAUGCCCCUCCUGUACACCCAGUUCCGCGUGGACUCGGUCCUCUUCAAGACCCGCCUGCCCCACGACAAGACAAAAUGCUUCAAGUUCAUCUAGAAGGAGGUGCCACCAGGCGCCCUGGGCUCCCCCAGCCGCGGGUGAGGGCAGAGGGUUUGGCUUUUUUUUGGCAGGGCUGCCAGUCCAAAAUGCCUUUCGCUAUUGACUCCGGCCACCCCUCCCACGGAGCAAAAAGGGACAUCCUGGACUGGGACGGGCACGUUUCCCCCCUCCCUGCCUCCCACACGGCCACGUUGGGAACAGGAACGGAACAGGAACGGGGAACGGGAUGUUAUGGCUUCUCUAAAGACACUCCCUAGGAUCGUACACUGAGGAAUGGCACGUUGGCUGGUGGCUCUGCCCCUUCCCUGGCCAAGGGCAACCAUUCUUUUUAAUUAUAAUUAUUGUUAUUUAAAAUGAAAGUGUUUUAGAUUUGCCGCGUGAGGCUUUUUUUUUUUUUUUCUUUCCCUUUUUCUUUUUUCCCCACCCAUCCCCCCACCCAUCCCCUUUUUGCCUCUGGACCUCUUUGCCUACUCGGGGGGGGACUGUAGCCAGGCCAGGGUGGAGGUGUUUGACCACAGAGAGGUUAUUCCCAGGGCAGCUCCAACCACCACUGUUCUCCCCAUCCUUUCUCCCACCAGGCAACCCUCCUCUUCCUCCUCCUCCUCUUCCUCCUCCUCUUCCUCCUCCUCCUCCUCCCCUCCCGCACACCACGUCCUGGCUCAUCUUGCCCUGUGGCUACUACUGAGGACUUUCAGGUGCCAUUUGGUGGCAACCUCUUUGCUCGGCUCCGCUCACCACCCUGAGCCCUGCCCUUGGAGAGGGAUGAGCAGGGAAGAGGUUGGACCUGGAGGGUCCUUCCCCACCUCCCAGCGCCGUGCUGGGUCCUGUGGCCAUGGGGGAGUUUGGCUGCUGCCGUCUCCUCGGUGUCCUUUUCCACCCCUGGGGCAACACCGCAGGCACUGUGAAACCUCUGAAGACAGGGAGCGUGUCUGGGGCUUGGGAGCCAUCCAUCGGUGGGGUGGCAGGGGCUGGUGAUGCCCCAGGCUCCUGCGUUGGAGCAGCAGCUUCAACCUCUGUUUUUCCACAGCCGCUGCAGCGCUGGAGCCAGUCUCUGAGCCUGGCCUGGCCUUCUCACAAGCACUUUGGGGCUUUUCCUCCUGCCUUUCAGGCCCUCGUUCCCUGGCCGUGGAGAUCUGCUCUGGUAGGACCAUGAGAUGGGCUCCGUGAGCCUUCGCUGGUCAAAUGAACCUCUUUUCCAAGGCUGGAGGUCACCUGUCAGGAGCCAGCUCUGGUGGUGCCUGGUCCCUGCUGGGGGAGCUGGAGCAAUGGGAGUCGAGGUAUCGGGGCCUCCUCUCGAGCUGGCUUCACAUUUUGCAGAGAAGAGGAAGGAGAAGACACUGACCCUUCAUCAUCAGUGUGCCGGUGCCGGAGCCUUGGUUGCUCUGAUGGCCGCAGUCCCCGCUCUGCCCCAUCCCCAGGCCAAACGUGCCCACCUCGGGUUUGCUCGUGGGCCUCAGAAAAACUGCCUUAAACCCCCCCAUCCCGUCCACACUCCCACCCUGGCUUUGGGCUGCAGCCCAAGGUUGAUCCCACCAAGAGCUUUUCCUUCACAGGAACUGGGAAACGCCACUGGGAUUGUGUUUGUGGGACUGGUUUUGGAGCUGGUUCCUCUCCCACCAAAGCGAAAGGCUGGUCCAUCCUGAGGUCACCUGACCUCCCUGCUCAGCUCACUGCUCCCUUCUGCUUCAAUCCCGGCCUGGAACAGGAGGGAAGGCCAUGGAUUGCCCUCUCCUGCGUGAUGGUCUCCCUCAGAUGGUUACGGCAUCUCCUCCCAGAUGGUUAUGGGCAGCCUGGAGAAGCUCCUAGAUGGGAAGUUGAAGGUGUGUGAUUUGCCUCCAUCUCCUCAGCUGUGCAGCUGAGCGUCCCAGCGCCCUGCGGCAGAAGGAUGUUACCACCUGGUCGUGUCUCUGGUGUGUCCCAGAAGAGGAGCAGGGAUGGUUCCAUCAGCACCUCCUUGGGCUUGCUCAGAAGGUCAGCCCCACCUGCGCUCCCCUCCUGCAGCCUUCACUGCAUUUUGGGGUGUUCAGUGGCCUCUCCAGCCACCUUCCAGCCGUUUUUCAUGCCACCCACACUUGUGUGACAAGGGGAAAGGAAGGGGCAGCCCGUCCCCAGCCGAGCCCACGGCUCGUGCCUUCACCAGCAGUAAGAACCGCAGAAAUACGGAGCAGGGAAUCUUUUCCUCUCCGUAUGUUUCCUUUUUCCUCUUUAUUCUCUUAUUGUUUUAACAUCAGGUGCUCCAAUCGGAGUGUGUGAAGGCUCAGGCUCCUGGAAACCAUGAUCAGAGGCUCCCAUGAGUCCCCAGAGCACCUGGAAGGAUGUUUUCUGCCCCUCUCGGAGUGGAAACGUGUCGUUUGGCAGCAGCUGCACCAGCUUCAGCAUCCCCGAGGGGCCCGACACGCCUCUGCUGCCGGCUUUAAUUCUCCCCUCGUUAGUAGGUGGCUCGUUAGCAGCCACCUGCAGUUGCCAGGUCCCUGGUGUCAGCUCUGCCUUUCACAGCCCUGGGCCUGUGGGGCAGGACCCGAAGGGGAGUGGGGCCGGGAGCCGGCAGCGGUGGAUUGCACUUUAUCUGAACAGAGAGACCCCCUUCUCGGGGACUUAUUUUCAAAAAUCUUAAGGGAAAUCAUAUUAUUCUGGCGAGAGACUGUAGUAGAAAGAGCUGGGGGGGGACGUGGUGUGAAGUGUUUCCCCCUGGGGGGUCGGGGUUUGCUGUGUCUCGUUCUUGGCUGCAGUCGGAGCCGGUGACAAGCCCCGGGUUGGGGGGUUCUAUCUGUUGGUGGGGUUCAGUCGGAGAUUUGUGGGGGGAAUCCAGAUUGUUCUUCAUCUUUUUCCCAUAGCGUUGGAUUUUUGGAGGGUCCCUGGUGUUGUGAGAGCCAGGGGUGAGGCUGCAUGAUGGGAUGGGUGGCUGUGCGGGUGGUGGGAUGGUGUCCUCCUUGCUGAGACCCCCCCGAAGGCAGAGGAUUUGGGAGUGAGGGGGUGAACGGGUGCUGUGAGUCGCUGGUGGCAGCUUCCAGGAGGAGGGGGGACCUGCUGGUGGCAGUGCUGGGAGGGACAGGGUGCCAUGAGGAAGCUAAAUGCCAGCGUGAGCAUCUCCAUCGCCACCCGCGGGGCUGGUGCUGUCCCUCCCCGUCCUCCCCUGCUGUGGCCCUUUCCCAAAUCUUCCCAAACAGACACCAAAACCCUUCUGGAGUUACAGACUUGGGAUUCAGCUUUCUGCUCCUCACACAUCCCAGGGGCUGAGAUGUCCUCAGGCUUCCCUCUGCCAUCCAGAGAGCGAUCCAUCCCCUGCAUCCUCCCUUGCUGCCCAUCACUCUCCUGUGAUUUUUGGGGGUGUCCUAGGAUAACUCAAGCUCAGGUCAGGUUGUACGAUCCACGUCCCAAACCAAGGAGAUGGGAAGGUCUCUCGGUGGCUGCACCUUUUCCCCAGGGAAAGGGCCUUUUCCCCUUUCCUGUGUUUCUGCUGCUUCCCCCGGGAGCUGCCGAGCCGGGGUCUUUCUCCACGUUGGCUGUAAAUAGCAUCCUCUGGGGUGAGACAGAACCCCCCCAGGACCCCGCUGGUGUCACACAGCACGGCCCCCUCCCACCCUCCUCCCCGCGCCGUGGUUGUGCUGACUGCUCCGGGAGCACCAGGGUUAAAAAAAAAUUAAAAAAAAAAUUAAAAAAACCCAAACGGACAAAAAACUGAGAGAAAAGAAACACUCCUCCAACACGAGCACAAUGUUGAGUUUUUUUUGUAAAAGGAUCCAAUAAAUGGAGAGUUUAACUUGA